AUGCUUGGUUUAAAACCAACAUUGUUGUUGUGUUCUCUUCUCCAAUUCAUUUCCUUUAUUGGGUUUCUAUUAUGCUGCUUAACAUCUCCGAUAAUCAAAAAGUGGGGGCUGGCUCAACACAGAGGGGUUUCCUACGGUGCCUUUGGUUACUGUCGAGCCGCAGCAGUCGUUUCCUGCUCUCGAAUACAGUUGAUGUAUAAUCCUACCAAAAUACMGCACCUUGACUCCUCUUUAGAACGCUGGUGGUCGGAUCCCAGGGCAAGACAUAUCAUCGGGAAACUUUUAAUUUGUAUACCUAUAGCCACAGGUUUGACUUUUAUUAGUUUCUUAUUUUCUUUGGUUUUCUUUUUUCUAUACAAGCCUGGAGGAUGUUUGAACGUUUCCUUGAUUAUUUCUAACAGUGUUCUCCAAACAGUGACAUUUUUGUCGACUUUAUUUGCCUGCGUUGUUAUUUUGACACAAUUCCAUCCUUAUACAACUUGGUGCGGUUGGUUAACCGUUCCGUGCUCAUUAUGGUCACUAAUUGUGUGUGUCUUGUCAGUGUUGGGCUUUGUGGGCUUGCAUGACCAACCAGAAACCAUUGAUAAAGAGGCUAGCGUGGAAAACGUUGAUAGCAUUCUUAAACUAUAUGGUAGGAGCCAAACACCCAGCACCAUUACUGAUAAAUCUUUGCAACUUACAAGAACCACGACACCUUCCUCCUUUAGCCAUUCUAUGUAUGUUAGCGCAAAUUUCAUCAAUGAUGACUUACAAAAGACCUUAGAUCCUUAUCGAGAAGAACCAGCCACUGAAAAUCAAGAUCAACCACAGCUAAAGGAUGACUCCCCUUUAAAACAAGACCCCCUAGUGAAUUUUUUCAUUCCUAAGUUGAACGAUACAGAAAUGUUUUCCAGAAGGGAUGCAGGGAAGCAGGAAACAUUCCCCUUGAAUAAAAUUGACUUAGCUAGCAUUCCUGUAAAGCAGGAAGAAGGGGAGGUACCCAUCGAGAAGAAAAUGGAAAACAUUUUGUACUAUGAAGGAAUUUCGAGCCAUUCGCAACGCAACUACGAUCCGCCGUGGUUGUUCGGUGCUCAGGUUGCCUCAGCAGCCCGCCUCUUCAAGAUAUAUUCACAGAGAGAUUACCAAGUCACAGCGCCUCCCCAAUAUCAACUCCAUCAUCCGCUAGAUUUCCAGCACCAAGAAGAUGUUUAUCACAAUUUUACUUCCCCAUCGUAUCCGCAGCAGGUGGGAGACUACCACAAUUAUAACUAUAACUCUCAUUCCAUUCCGAACACUUCCAAGCACACCCUCCAAACACUCUCCAACACCUACGUCUCGCACCAAAUGGUGCCUAAGAAAUACAAGCCUGCCUACAGACAACGGAUGCGUCCUGUGAAGAGUAGCCCCCAGCCAGCUUACUCUUUCUACUAG